AUGCACGAUCUGAAAUAUUUCGGUGUUUUCCUGAGUUUCUUUGUCUUUGUAGGAAAUGUCAGCUCUAGUUGUCUUAUUCCUAAGAAUUUGUUGGCGUCCAAAAAUAUAUAUUUAACCCACAAUAAUGGGAUCUUCGGUAUUCAAUUCAGUGACAUAGUGGCUAAUGGCCACACGAUCUACUUGCUUUGCAAUGGAGGAGUUCAACCUACUGGAUUCCUGUGUCAGUCUAACAAUGUUUUCAAUCCAUCUCUAAACUCGGCUAUAUGCUCAGCACCUUUUGAACCAACUGUUGUGGGCGUUAGAAAAAAAGAUGCCUCCUGCCCCAAUUCUUAUCACUUGUACAAGGUGGGUUUCUACGUCCAAAGAACAUUUAUGGAACUGUAUAGGAACUGUUUUGAUGGUAAUACAUUAGCAUUCCAAAAUUCCAUCUAUAAGGUCUACCGCCACGAAAAUACUGCUCCACGUCCCACUCCUCCGUGGAACGCGGAUGGACUAAGUGGAGGAUUUGAUAAUGCCUACGAGGGAAGAGCAACUCAAGCCUGCUUGCUUACCAACCUGGGUGCAACACAACCGCAGUGUAAAUUUGAUCGUGGCCACAUGACACCAGCUUCUGCCUUCAUGUUCACAGAGCUUAAGAAAACCACCUUUAAGUAUUUAAAUGCGAUCCCUCAAUAUCGGGGAGUUAAUCGUGGCAACUGGAAGACCGUCGAAACUUGGGUUAACAAUGUGGUGAAGGGACACUUUGAUAAUCCAGUCAUCAACAACGUACAAAUUCGUCGAACUUACGAUGUCCUCAAAGUUUGCAUUGGAGCACUGGGAGUGCAUAGGCUGAAACACAAUAAUAAUAACAAUAUGAUAUCUAUUUUCCUUUUGGACAAUAACAAAAUUCCCGUUCCCGAAUGGAUGUACAAGAUAGUCAGCCAUCUUUCUGGAGAUAAAUGGGUGAUGUUAACCUACAAUGACGUAAAUCUACCCAAUCAGCAAGGCAUAAAUCAGAUCUGCCAGCCGAUCGAUUGUCAUCCAGGUCUCCACUUGAGUCCGAGGGAUGUGGGAUAUACUGUGUGCUGCGAGCCAUACAAUUUCAUUAGAAGAAACGUUCCUCAUUUGACUGGUGUUUGUUAAAGCCACUUAUUUUGAAAAUAAUGUUACUAAAUAUAAAAAUGAAAACAAAAAAUAAAUUUAAAAAAAAAGGAGAAAAAAAUAAACUAAAAA